AACUGGCAAAAAAAAAAUUGAUAUAAUUAGCUCUAAAAUUCAAAACCAAUUUGUUAAACAAGAUGUAAAUGUUAGUACAAGAACAAUUAGACAAUGCUUUGUUAAGGCUAAAGAAUACUUUGCAUCUGGUCUUUCAGAAUUACUACUUACUGCAAAGCAUCAAAUCAAAUACUUGGAAUGGGCUGAAAAACAUAUAAAUUUUAACUAG